AUGGAAAGGGAAAACUGGAACGAGAAUAACGACAAUGGUUGUUAUCAGAAUCAAUUGUUGUGUGAUAAUGAUCGGGAUUCAGUUAUGAUGAAUUCUUCCAUGUCUUCGUCUCCUCCGAAGCUUGGAUAUAUUGAACAUCAUGUGUCCAAAUUCGAUACGUUGGUUGGGAUUGCAAUCAAAUACGGUGUUGAGGUUACAGAUAUUAAAAGAAUGAAUAGCCUUGUUACAGACCAUCAGAUAUUUGCGCUUAAAACAGUUCAAAUUCCAUUACCCGGAAGGCACCCUCCGUCUCCUUGUUUAUCAAAUGAUUCCAGUACUCCUGGCCCACCAAUUAAUGCGCAACGUGAACUGCUUGAAUCAUUCCAGUCUGUAAGAUUUAAGUGUCCUGACCGGAAGGUCUCUCCAGCAAUGAGCUCAUUACAGGGUUAUUAUGGACUUCAAGUUCUCCCUAACUCCUCAGAAAACGGUUCAUCAUCCAAGAACACGCCUAUGUCAGACCGACCCCUUAGUCGUCACCGAAAAUCCAAAAGCUUAGUCAAUGUCAUUUUGGAAGAGAUUAUGGAAAAGGAUGGUACAGCACCAGCUGGAGAAACCUGGGAACUUAACUCUGAUAAAUGGAAUGACAAAUUUGCACAGAGACGUCAGAAAUCUGUAGCUGACUUUACCAGGAUACCGGAGUUGAUUCUGAGGGAGGAUGUUGGCAGCAGUGGCGGUCUUCCUUCAAGAACAGGAAAGGGUUUAGCUCUGAGACAGAAAGCAGCCAGCCGAACUGCAGUGACGAAUGAUUCUGAAUCAAAUGGUUUUACACCUGUGCCAAUGGUUACGGGGGAUGGUUUACAAACUGAUAGUUCAUCUGGGGUGAGGAAAUCGUCCAGUACAUCUUGUUUGCAAGAGCAGGAAAACAGCUGCUCCUCAUCCAUUUGGCCAUCCUCAAUGUGGAAUUUGAAACCAGAUUUACAGGCCCUUUCGACUGCAGCUAUUGGAAAACCGAUCUUCGAUGGCUUGCCAAAGCCAUUAACCGGGCGAAGGAAUAAAGCUGCACUUGAUUAA